AUGCCGCGCGAUGACUCUCAUAUCUUCCGAGCAAAAGGGAACAAGACCAUUAUCGACACCCCGCCGGUCGCUCAAGUCUUGAAAUACCAUCACUUGGGGCUUGCUACAAUGGAUUUGUCAGCCACCACAGCCUUUUUUGGAAAGCUAGGAUUCCAACCAUUGGAUCCUCCCAACAGCAGAAUUCUCCGAAACCCCAACGGCAUGCAACUUCACCUUCUACAAGCCGACGAGGCUCCCACGAGACCCAUAAAAAAUGACAAUGGCACGGAAGAAGAGAUAUUCAACAUUUUACAGGAUACUCCUACGGAGAAAUACUGUGGGCACACUCAUGCCGCAUUCUUUGUGCCAUCGGUAGCAGCAGCCAGAAAAUUUGUCGAAGACAAGCACGGUAUUCCUGUCACUGGAGAACGCAAGUUUCAGGGUAAAGUCCAAUCCAUAUUCAUUCGAGAUUUGGAUAAAAUCACGUGGGAGUUAGAACGCAAUGUGGGUGACGCAACAACCAUCGAACAGUUUGAUGGCACCAUGUUGGGGGAUGAACACAGGCGCAUUGAUCACGUGGGAACCAGGGUAUCCGAUCCACCCACGAGUUGGAAGUGGUAUGCGGAAAUGCUGGGUUUCACCCAAGAAGUAUUCCAUCUAGAACACAAUCCACAAGAACCACUCAAGAACUUUAUCCCGUGGAUCUCGCGGACCAAGGAGACACUGAUUGAUAUCAAUUUGCUCAUCAAUGCCAACAUGCCUUCUUCCAGUACCAAGAAUAUCUUGAUGGUCGAUGGGGUUCUGAAACCGGGCAUUAUCUAUGUUGCCUUUGAAGUGGAAGAUGUAAAAGCAAGUCAAGAAGCACUCAAAGCGGCUGGGGCGGCAGUCUAUUCCGAAGACGAAGUGGCGUCGCUGGGGCUCAAGAAAGAGAAACUACCUUCCGUGGAAGGACAUUCCUUUUUUGUGGCAGAUCCAGAUUGCAAUCUGUAUCGGCUUGUCCAAGCGGCAUGA